AUGGACUCGCCUAUGGUUAUUGACUUUGACGUUUCAAACGGAGAUACCAGCAACAUUCCCUUUUGGUUGCGUGAUGUGUUUGACCGUGCUUUGGAUGCGGCUGGGCUUGGUAGUCGUCUGGCUUCGGACGAUGCUAUUGCCAAUCUCGUUAAAGUUGAUGCGUCGCAAUUAAUGGAUAAAGAAUGUGCCAUAUGCUAUGACAGGUUUCAGACAGAGAAAAUAGACAUCAAAGAGGUCCCGGAACUGCCUGAUGGAGGGAACCAUAGGGAGUUAUUAUCACAGGAUAAGGAGUUCAAGUUGAAACUACGAGACACGUAUGGCUUACAAAUGGAGUCACUAGAGAGGUCAGCAACGUUUACUGAUCCUCCAUUAUUUUUCCCCACUGAUGUUGGAGCGAGUUUAUAUAGCAGGUUCCCACAGCGCAACUUGUCAACGUUUGAAAAUGUGACUGUUUAUGACCAAUUUCCUCGCAACUGUAACGACAGUAAGGAAAGAAAAGAAAGGAAAAUAGAGCAAUACAAGAAAGAAGGGCACAUAGCAGUUAAAAUGCCGGAGUGCGGACAUGAAGUUGAGGCUAGGAGGAAUAAUCCUGAGGUGUCAAAGAGGGAAGAUAUAGCGGAGAAUGCUGUUGCCAAUUAUAAUACUGAGUCUGAAAUCGUUGAGCAUUUGAUGAACCACUCAACAGAUAUAUUCCGACCAUUCAGGCGACCAUUUAACCCACGAGUUACUCCGGUGACCGAUUCAUACAUGGACCAGAAUUGGGCAACACCCCCUUACCAAUCACGUCCCUUGCGAUCUAGAGAUCCUAGUAUUGUAUUACCAAAACGAUUCCCGUUUCCUGAUCCUUUGGCUGGUUCAAGCUUUUCUCGCAUGCGGAGGGGGUUUCGAGACUCAAGGCGAGUGAGAAGGACUAGGUCGAUGAAUGAUAAUGAAGAGGAACAGGAGUCUAGAAGGAGAAGAAGUGGCUCAAAUGAGUCAAGUAGAAGUGCUAGAAGAGUCAAUUUUUCUCCUCAUACUACCAACAUCGACGAUUUACACGAUUCGAGUGAUAGUGAUAUGCAAUAG